AUAAUUUCUCCACCCACGAUUUACAUUUUACAAGCCUCGCAUCUCCAGUUCGGCUAGAAAUCCAAUGCUCCGCUCUUCUGUAGCUUCUCCUUCCGCACCGUAUUCCUUCCUCUCAUGCCGCUGGAGCUUCUUGCCGAAGCCCGCAGCUUCCGUUCGUAACUUCUCCGGAACGCUUUCCGACCACUCCUGUUCUCUGAGUUAUCUUGCACCUCCUAUUUGUGCUACUGGGUAUCGGGCCAUCGCCAAAGCUGUCGGGGAAGAUGUCGAAGAGGAAAAAGAGGUGGGUGGUUUGAACUUCAUAGAAGUGGGCUACAUUACUGGCGUGCACGGGCUUAAAGGGGAGUUGCGAGUGAAACCCAAUACAGGUUUUCCAGAGCUUAGGUUUUGCAAGCCUGGGAGAAGGUGGCUUAAAGCACGAAUUUUAGGCAAGGAAACAAUUUCUGAAAUGGAGCUUACUAGGGGCAGAAGCCAUCCAGGACAGAAGUGUUGGAUCAUCAGUUUUGAGGCGAUUGACACUGUGGAUAAGGCUAAACAGGUUGUUGGCUCCACCAUACUUGUACGGGAAGAAGAUAAGCCAGAAUUGGAGGAAGAUGAGUUCUACUCUCAUGACCUUGUUGGAAUGAGGGUCCUUCAUAAGGACACAGGCAUUCUGGUUGGAAAGGUCGCUAAUGUUCUGAACACUGGGGCUAAUGAUCUUUUGCAUGUUAAGCGUUAUUCAUGUGAGCCAAGUAAAGGAAAAGUGAAUCUUUCUGAUUCACAUUUGUCAGAAACAGAUGUUUCUGGUCAAUUUUUGUGGAUUCCCUUUGUUAAAGCAAUAGUUCCAGAUAUUGAUAUGGAGAGGAGAGAAAUGAUCAUCACUCCUCCAAAGGGGCUUUUAGAGCUCAACUUGCGCAGUGACAUGAGAUCUAAAAAGGAAAGGCGCCAGAUGGAAUGGAAGCUGAGAAAGAGGUUACAGCAGCGCUUUACUGCAGCCAAAAAAAUACUGCAGGAGAUGGGGCAUAGUCAUCUUUUUGAUGGAUUUAGUAUUGGAGAUAAAGGUCAAAGGGCCAUGCUUGCUAGGCAUAUUGCGGACCUCAAUUUGAGUUUAUUUCAACAUGCAGUGCGAUGCGUGGAAGCAUCUUCAAGGAGAUUAAGCCUUUUCGACUUUGUGGAUGCCAACUCAGAUUUAUUGUUGAAGAAUGCUUUGAUGAUACCUUACAAAUAUCUCCGUGAUUCUGUAUAUCCAGAGAAAAAUGACGAGUUGUUCAAAGAGGGACUACGACUUCUUAAUAAUUCGAAAGCUGCUAUUAUUCUUGUUAUUAAUGAUGAUAGCAGCCUUGGAAUGGUUUCUAAUGAACUCGUGCUCCAUAAAUUGCAGCAAUUACUUGCUGAUUACCAGAGCUUCUUGAAGUUUGGAGAAAAAUGUAAUGAGAUACCCUUUAUAAUGUUGACAUCAACUGGUCAGACCAAGCCAAUUGAACAACUUCUCGUAGAUAAUGAUUAUUUUGGGUUCAAUGCUGAAAAGGUUUUGCUUUUAGAGGAAACAAGGCUCCCGAUAGUAAGCAAAUCAGUAGACAGCAAGAAAAUAUUAUUAAAAUCAUCGUGGGAGAUACUACUUGCACCAACAGGAUCUGGAGGAACUUUUGCUUCUCUUUUGUCCCAAAAAGGUGUUGAUUUUCUUCAGGAAAUGGGCGUGGAAUAUGUUCAGGUAUGCUCUCUCAGUGAAAGAAGUGCCUUCGGCAGCCCAUUAUUUUUUGGUUGGGCAAGCUCCUGUGAGGCAAAAAUGGCACUCAAAAUCCCUAUGAACACAAAGGAAGAAGAUAAUUACGAUAUCAUUUUCUCCGCAGAGAAAUUGCGAAUGAUCUGCAAACAAAUCGAAGCACUCUCGUUCCAGGCUAUUCCAGAACAACAUGAAUAUGUUGAACAGGUUGAUGGAGAAUGGACAAAAGUUAAACCAAGCUCUUUCAACUCCUUCAGGCUUCACUGUUCCAUAUAUAGCGCAUUGAAGCUCUGUAGUGUGGAUGAGGUAUGUGUUAUGCAGGUACUGGAAUAAGGUUUUAUUUUAUUUUUAAUGUUGACCUUUCCUUGUCAAGUAAAUUAAGGUUUGUAUAUUAAAUUUUAUUUUUAUUAGGGGAAAUUUCGGGUCAACAAUUUUUACCCAAUUUUUGAUAGUUAGGAUGAGCUCUAAAAAGGGUAAUGCAUUUUUAAGUGAUGUGAAAACAUUUCACAUUUGAUGUGGGUUAUCAUAAAAAGAGUUGUUUGUCUUAAUAUUUUAUUAUUUAAUCAGAUUGUGUAGUACAUA